AUGUCAAAGUUACAGGAAGUUUUGGUGUCGCUGAGGGAACAGAAAGAUCCGAAGAUUUUGAUCCAACUCAGCGAGCUCGGUAUCCUGCCAGACUUUCAAGAUUUAGACCGAGUGUCUGGGGAUUACACUGGUGCGCUCAUCACAGCUGCACCGCUUCUUCUGGCGCCUUCUUUCACAGCAUUCGGGGCUCAGCUUGCAGGUGCUUUUGAGGUGCCUAUUGGAGUGUGCAGGGUAUAG